UGGAUGAAUCAUUAACAAAUUGACUGGUUUUGCGUCUGCUAGCGUGGCUUGGUUUGCUUGCAAGCGUUUACUAUAUUUGCUGGAGCUUUUGUUUUAUAAAAGUUUAUACAAUACCAGCUAGCUAUAUGCUAAACUAUUUAUCUAAUCAACAAUCGUAUUUUGUUGAGCGGCAAGAGUGGCGUGAGCAUAUGAAGAGACGUACACGUCGUCGUGAGUGUACUCCAUGCGCUUGUUGUCCAACAAGCGUUGAACACGAAAACAAAGUAAAGUCACAAUUAUAUUUUGUUAAAAAUAUCAAUUGUUUAGUAGUGCUCAUAGCGAGCGGUUAAACUAGCAGUGCGUCCACAGCAGUAUAUAGCUGACAAAUUCAACAAAAUUUUAAUAAAAACUGCAGACGUUAAAGCAACAACUGACAGUACCCACUGCUCCAGUGGUUGGCAGCUGUUACACACGCACAUAACCUCAAACUCAACCAGCUGAUUUACGUUUGCUGCCAGUGAAACUGCAGUUUGUAAACAAAGUGUUAUCAGCGCAACAAAUCCGCACUCCUCCACCUACUUACUUGCUUACCAGUAUAUCAAGGAGUUAUCCACAUUUCUGUUUUAUGCUAUUUCCGAUUGUGCGCCAGUCAAGAAGUCACAUUGCCUCCUUCGUGGUGAGUUAAUAUACAUGUACAAGAAAGGAGCUUAGUACACAAGGACAAAAUGAAUAUAGACACAUUGCGAAACGAGUGGGACGAACUCACCAAAGAGUACAAUGAACUGGAGGAUUGCAAUCGCCGUUAUAUUGAGUUGCUGGAACAACUCCAAAGUCAUCAGCAGAAAUGUUUCAACGAAAUAAAACAUCAGCGUUAUCGGAUGAAUCAAAUUACAGCUUCACUAAAGCAAUGCAAAACAGCUCAAACGCCGGAAGAGAAGGACAAAGUGGAGGAAUUGAAUAAAAACACAUUGAAGCGUAAAGCGCAAAUACACGAAAUCGAACAGUCAUUACCCACCAAAUCGGGAUUAUAUCUUAAGAUCAUACUCGGCGAUGUCAACGUAUCAAUUUUGAACAGAAACGACAAAGUUCGCUAUAAAGAUGACUAUGAAAAGUUUAAAUUAAUACUCAACGUAAUUGGACUGUUAAUGGCAUUUCUCAAUUUGAUAUUCAACUACAGGGCUCUCGAGCUGGCUUACAUUUUCCUGCUAGUCUGGUAUUACUGCACCCUCACCAUACGUGAGUCGAUACUCAAAGUGAAUGGAUCGCGCAUUAAGGGCUGGUGGCGAGCGCAUCAUUUCAUCUCAACCGCAGCUGCAGGUGUAUUGCUCGUGUGGCCGCAAGGCGAACACUGGCAAUUGUUCCGCACACAAUUCAUGUACUUCAAUGUCUAUAUCAACAUUGUGCAGUAUCUGCAAUUUGGCUACCAAAAGGGUUUGCUCUAUCGACUGAAGGCGCUCGGCGAACGUCACAACAUGGAUAUCACCAUUGAGGGUUUCCACUCGUGGAUGUGGCGCGGUCUGAGCUUCUUGCUACCAUUUCUAUUCGGCGGCUAUACAUUCCAAGCAUACAAUGCAUGGACGUUGUACAAGUUGACAACGUAUCCACCGGCAGCACCGUGGCAUGUGUCGGUGAUGUGCGGCUUCUUCCUUCUGCUCUUCAGCGGCAACAUUAUCACCACACUAUUGGUGGUGCCCGAGAAGAUACGUGAACGUGCCAAGGAACGCUAUCGCCUGCAGUCCAUGGGUACUUCGAUGAAAUUGCGCAAAAUGAUGAGGAAUAGCAUCAGUGAAACGGACAUUUCCAGCCAGCAAUUGCUAGCCAAUAAUAAACUAGAAAACUCUACCUCCUUCCACAACAUAGGCGAUGCAACAGCAGAAGCAACAACAACAACAACAUCAACAAUAGAUUUAACAACAAAAACGUCAUCAAUUAGCACCGGUAAUGCAAUCACACCAACAGAUGAUGGAGAAGUUAAGCAAAGCCAACAUAAUGGACAACAGCAACAAGAACAACAACAAGCAGAAGAGCACAUAGAGGAUGUGGAAUUGACGAAACCAGAGGAUAAGAAGACCAAUUAAAAAAUGUGGCAGCUACAUACUAGUUAAAGGGUGGUACAACAGCAGAGGGUGUGCUUGGUUUUUCAAUUAAGUGAAGCCUGAUAUUUGCAAGGUUUGAUUAGUACACAAUACGUAGAAGAUGGAAAAAAUAAACAAGAAAUUUAGUAACUAGUAGAAUGUAAAGAAAUUGAAGAAAAAAUGCAAACAUACGUACAUACAUACAUACGUAAGCGUAGUGAAGUAAAAAAAAAAUCAACAAAAAUGUGAAAACUUACAGAAAAUAUAACAAAAUGAAUUUAAUUAUUUUUGUGUGUGUCCGUGUGUUGAUUUACCGAAAAAAUGCUCACAAAAAAUUCAGAAAUAACAACAACAACAAAUUUUUAAUAUGAGCAAAAUGAGUAGACUCUCUGUUGCACGAUUACAACACUAAGUUUACCCCUUUAUAGUUUUAUAAAAAAAAAUAUUAAUUUGAUAUUAGUACUAAAAAAUAGCAAAAACAAGAAUAACAAAAAAAUAUAGAAAAUAUAAUGAAUUUUAAUUUUA